AACUUUGGCUCCACCACCUGCCCUUGGCUAAAGGGGAAGAGGCGGGACAUCCGCCCGGUCCCAGACACUUCCGGAAGUGACGUAGGAGUGUCAACAUGCAAGAUGGCGGCCCAUCACCGGCAGAACACGGCAGGGCGGAGGAAAGUGCAGGUUUCCUAUGUUAUUCGAGAUGAAGUAGAGAAGUACAAUCGAAAUGGAGUCAAUGCCCUGCAGCUGGAUCCAGCACUGAACAGACUUUUCACGGCCGGUCGAGACUCCAUCAUAAGAAUAUGGAGUGUCAAUCAGCACAAGCAAGAUCCAUAUAUAGCAUCUAUGGAACACCAUACCGAUUGGGUAAACGACAUUGUGCUUUGUUGUAAUGGGAAAACAUUAAUAUCUGCUUCUUCUGACACAACAGUGAAAGUGUGGAAUGCACAUAAGGGAUUUUGCAUGUCAACACUAAGGACACAUAAGGAUUAUGUAAAGGCCUUAGCCUAUGCCAAGGAUAAAGAACUGGUAGCUUCAGCUGGGUUGGACAGACAGAUAUUCCUUUGGGAUGUGAAUACCUUAACAGCAUUGACUGCCUCAAACAACACUGUCACAAGUUUGCAUCGAGACAGUGGUUUAUAUUUUGAGAGUGCUUCUACCUAUAGCGUUCUAGCCCCCAAGAGUAUGAUUGAACAACAAGGAGCUAGUUCCUCGCUGCAGUCUAAACAUGCCUCUUCUUUAAGCGGGAACAAAGAUUCCAUUUAUAGCCUGGCAAUGAAUCAACUGGGAACAAUCAUUGUAUCAGGGUCCACUGAGAAGGUUUUAAGGGUGUGGGAUCCAAGAACAUGUGCGAAACUAAUGAAGCUGAAAGGGCACACAGACAAUGUCAAAGCACUGCUGUUGAACAGGGAUGGUACACAGUGCCUUUCGGGCAGUUCUGAUGGGACAAUUCGCCUUUGGUCCCUUGGCCAACAGAGGUGUAUAGCGACGUACCGAGUCCAUGAUGAAGGCGUUUGGGCUCUGCAGGUCAAUGACGCCUUCACACACGUGUAUUCUGGUGGAAGGGACAGGAAGAUUUACUGUACAGACCUAAGAAACCCUGACAUUCGGGUACUAAUUUGUGAAGAAAAAGCACCAGUUCUCAAGAUGGAGCUUGAUAGGUCAGCUGAUCCCCCUCCCGCAAUCUGGGUUGCGACGACUAAGUCUACAGUAAAUAAAUGGACCUUGAAGGGAAUUCAUAAUUUCAGAGCCUCCGGAGAUUAUGACAAUGACUGUACAAAUCCUAUAACACCACUUUGUACGCAGCCUGACCAGGUUAUUAAAGGGGGUGCUAGUAUUAUUCAGUGUCACAUUCUUAAUGAUAAGAGACAUAUAUUAACCAAAGAUACCAAUAAUAAUGUGGCAUAUUGGGAUGUAUUGAAGGCAUGUAAAGUUGAAGAUCUGGGCAAAGUGGAUUUUGAGGAUGAAAUUAAGAAAAGAUUUAAGAUGGUGUAUGUGCCAAAUUGGUUCUCAGUAGACUUAAAAACAGGGAUGUUGACUAUUACUUUGGAUGAGAGUGAUUGUUUUGCUGCUUGGGUUUCUGCAAAAGACGCUGGCUUCAGCAGCCCUGACGGGUCAGAUCCAAAACUGAACUUAGGAGGACUUUUACUGCAGGCACUCCUAGAAUAUUGGCCUAGAACACACGUGAAUCCAAUGGAUGAAGAAGAAAAUGAAGUAAACCAUGUAAAUGGGGAGCAGGAGAACCGAGUGCAGAAGGGAAAUGGAUAUUUUCAAGUCCCCCCCCACACUCCUGUGAUCUUUGGUGAAGCUGGGGGACGCACACUGUUCAGGCUGCUCUGCCGAGACUCCGGGGGUGAGACUGAGUCGAUGCUUCUUAAUGAGACAGUGCCACAAUGGGUCAUUGACAUCACUGUGGAUAAAAAUAUGCCCAAAUUCAACAAAAUUCCUUUCUACCUCCAACCUCACGCAUCUUCGGGAGCAAAAACCUUAAAAAAAGACAGACUCUCCGCCAGUGACAUGCUCCAAGUCCGGAAGGUAAUGGAACACGUUUACGAGAAAAUCAUCAACUUGGAUAAUGAGUCGCAAACCACUAGCUCUUCUAACAACGAAAAGCCAGGGGAACAGGAAAAAGAGGAGGAUAUUGCUGUGCUGGCAGAGGAGAAAAUCGAACUUUUGUGCCAGGACCAGGUUUUGGAUCCAAACAUGGACCUCCGGACGGUGAAGCACUUCAUCUGGAAGAGCGGGGGCGACCUCACCCUCCAUUACCGCCAGAAGUCCACGUGAAGGGCGGGCAGGCGCUCCUGGGUAUGCAUUUACCGACCUUCCUCCGUGGCCCCGAGAGUAGUCCUAGGAAGCCUGCCGAGCCCCAAUGGGAGCAAGACUUCUAGCGGCCGAUUUGGUAUGGACCGAGAUUCUCUUUCAGUUGAAGCGACUAAUCGAGAUGUAAUAUAGAAACCAGUCUCCAUGUGUAGAUUAAGCUGUCCCCAGGGAGGCAGAGAGUGAGAGCAGGACAACCCCCACCCCCCCCCGCCCCCGAAGAGGACUGUGUCUUGCAAGAUGUACAGAGAACGGACGACAGGCCAGCACAGACUCGGCUUCCUCCUUUUGUUUCAAAGGACCUUAUCUUUGUCUGUUAGCACUUGUUAGAGACACAUCGGUAGAGCCACCUCUGUCACUGUGUUUCAACUUCAAACCCACACGCUCUGUAGCUUUUCUAAGAGAGUACAUUCCAUCCACGCAGCACCUAUGAAGGCUUUUUCCGAGUUGGUCAUUAAAAACAAACACAACAAAUGUUCUCACACUUACGACAGUUAUUUUUAAUAGGAAUUUGCUGUUGUACAAUUCAGGAGCCAGCCCACUUCAAAAUAAAUUCUCCUCCUUGGGCUCGUUUUAACCCUGCAUCUCAGAUGCGUUCUUUUAGGAAGACCUGUAGAGAUUCCGGGUGCCGGACCGCAGCCCUCGGACUGCCAGACUGGAGUGCGCCCCGCGGUGCCCCGCGGUGCCGUGGGCCGCAGGGAGGUGCGGCUUUCACUCCUCCUCGCGGUGCCCGGUUUUGUUUAUGGGCAAAAGCCAGGCGACGCCACAGGCUCUCGCUCUGGGUGAACAGUGUGAUGCCAUCAAAGCCCAAGACCGUGAUGGAACGGUAGCUUCAUUUACACGCGACCCAAAACGCCUGGUGUCCUGGUGAGCUGACUGGAUACUCUGUCCUGGGAGUACACAUACUCGUUCCUCCGGAGUUUCACAGGCAGGGCGGUGGUGUGGUGCCUGCACCCAGAGUUCUCUUCACUGUUCUUUCUAAAGCUUUCCUAGAAUCCUUUGAGUCUUGUACAGAAUAUAACUUAUUGGGGAUAAACACUUCGACUUUUGGCAAGAAGAAAUACUUUGGAUCCUCCCCAAGGUCAUUUGUAUUCAGCACAGAACAAUGGUCCACCCCAUAAAACUACUUAAGACAAGCCUCCUGUAUGAAGCCAGAAGCACAAGUGCCUUCGGAGGGCAGUUUAUUCGGGUCCAGUCGCCUCCCCCUCUCGUGUGCGGUCAGUCCCCACGGCAGCAGGGGCCGGGGAGGGCGGGGAAGGUCUUUCUUCCUCCUUGUCCUCUUCCCGGGCUCCGCUGGAGGCAGCUGACGGGCCCGGGUCCAGACCUGACCAUUUGAGAUUCCCUUGCCUGCACGACUGUAGAGACAGGGCUCCCUCACCGCCGGUCAGGCUCCUUUGGAAAGUGGACAGGUCACUGCCUCCAGCACUUUGAAGAAGUCAGCAAAGAGGUGCCACGUUCCCAAGGAGUCUUUCCCCCUCAUGCACAGAGCCACCGGCUUCUUUUUUUAAAGUCCUUUCUAUCUGUUGGAUACAACGGUGCACUUUUGGUGCACAUUUUUUAGCAAUAGUUGUGAAUUAAUGAAACACAACAACCAAAAAUCCCCACAGCUCAUUUACCAGCCCUCAGCUGUGUCUGCGGGAGGGGGCCUUGGGCCACAGAACGGGUUUUGCUGGGCCGUUUUGCCCUGUGUGCCGAGGCGUGAGGGGCGGCUGCACUCCCUUCCUGUCAUCCAUCUGACCCUCGGCAUGCUUCUACUUUUUUUCCUUCCAGUCAAACCAGUAAUAGUUUCCAGAAAAUUUGACAGCCUGCAAUGCCAAAAGGGUAAAAAUCUGUAUUUCACGGUUGUAUAGAAUAAAGGCUUUAAUUAAAAUA